AUGUAUAUAUGUAUAAAUAUAUAUAACACUGUGUCUUUUCUUUAUAAUCACUCUUCUGUAGAGGGGGACGACCACAUGACACUGUUCUGUUCUCCGGUGGGUUCAGACAGUCGGACCGUCAUGCCGCCCGUGUUCCUCCUCCUCCCCGGUGACGCUCGGCCUCAGGGCUUCGUCGACGCUCUGCCGACGGAGAUGAGCGUGAAGAUCUUCGGCGAGCUGGACACGCCCAGUCUGUGCAGCGCGGUGCGGACCUGCCGCCGCUGGCGUGACAUCAUUGAGGACAGCGAUCAGCUGUGGAGGACCCAGUGUCUGUCGGUCCGGACCGUCUGUCAGAGGGAGGUGGACCGGGACCGCCGGGAUGGGCUGUCCUGGAAGGUGACGUUGGUGAGGAACUACACUCGCAGCCGCAUGAAGCGUGAUUGGCUGAGAGGACGUUACAGCCACGUGAGGUCGUGGGAGGAGCUGAGUGGCAGGAAGACGACGCCGCUUGACGCCGAGACGUGGGGAGAGAUCCUACAGGCCGAGCUGGACCGAUGACGGACUUCAGUAGCGAACCUCGAGCCAUAAUAUAGAUUUUAUAUAUUUAUAUCUUUUGUGGCACCAAUCACAAACUACUGUACAUACAUUUUAUUCAAACUUUUUUAAUACAAAAGGAGAAAUGACACAGAUGAAAUGAGUCGUUUCAUCAUGUUGAUGUAAAUAUGACGAGAUGCAAUAAACGUGUUUGUGACA